AUGAAAUUUUCGAAUCCUAAGAAACUCUCAAUUCAUUUAGAUUUCGCAUCAUUCAAAGCUGAAUUUUAGAAUUCUUUACCCUCUUCAACUAAAAAAAUAAGCACUCAACCUAAUAGUCCAAAUGGGAUUGCCAAAAAUAUCAAAACUCAAUAACCUUUGAUACUAGUGUAAAACUCUCUUUCAAGCUAAAAUUUAUUGUCUCCUUAAUAGAAGAAGUCUACAGAUUUCGAAAGUGCUUUCAGCAAAUUCCCUCUUCUUGUUGAUUAAUUUGUUAAGCUUUAUAAUUUAAGCAAAAGUGAAACUGGUGAAUUGGCAGGGAUAAAACAAGUCUAUUAUUAUAAGCCAUAGAAGGUAUCUCCAGAAGGACCAAAUGGUGACUAUCUAGCUCAUCCUAAGGAUCAUAUUCGAUACCAAUAUGAAAUCAUAAAACAAAUAGGAUCUGGAAGUUUUGGACAGGUAUUCGAAGUAUUGGAUCAUAAAACCAAACAUACGGUUGCUUUAAAAAUAAUAAGAAAUUAAGACAAUUUAAAAAAGUAAGCAUAGGUUGAAACGAAUAUUCUCCUUACAAUUUAAGCUAAAGAUCCUAUGGGCCUCUAAUCUAUAGUUAAAUUGUAGGAUCAUUUUACAUUUAGAGGACAUUAAUGCUUGGUCUUCGAGAAGUUGGAAUACACUUUAUUUGAAUUGCUGAAAUAUCAAUUAUUCAGAGGAUUUGAUUAUGAAACAUUAAAGAAGAUAGCCUAUCAAAUAGUGAAAGGCCUGACUUUUUUAAGGUAAUGUAACAUCGUUCAUUGUGAUCUAAAACCAGAGAAUAUUAUGAUUAGUGAUAUGCAAUAAAAAGUAGUAAAAAUAGUGGAUUUUGGAACAGGAUGUUUUGAAGGUAAUUAAUUUUAUACUUAUAUUUAAAGUAGAUAUUAUCGAGCUCCUGAAGUAUUUUUUGGUUUAAAAUAUGGUUAUGAAAUAGACAUGUGGAGUCUGGCAUGCGUGAUUGCUGAACUUCAUACUGGGAAGCCUUUGUUUCCUGGAGAAAAUGAAGUGGACCAAUUUAAUCUGAUAAUGGAAGUCGUAGGUAUUCCAAAGGCUGAAUUUGCUUUGAAAUGCCCAAGAAAAAAGAUGUUCUUUGAUGACUCAGGACACCCUAAGAAAACAAUCAAAUAAUAUAGAAAACCAAAAUCGAUUAACUUGAAUGAAUUACUCAAGACAACUGAAGAAGACUUUGUUGAUUUCAUACAAAAGUGUUUAGUUUGGGAACCUGAAUUAAGAAUCAGAGCUAAUGAAGCUAUAUAACAUCCUUGGAUUAAGGGAUUAGCCUUAUAAGAAAAAAAUAAGGUCAUUUCCUUUCGUAACUUUAAAGAAAACUAAAUAAAUAGGAUAACAUAAUAAUAGCUUAAGGAAUCAUUCGACAAGAAGAUAAUGGGUACAAUAGAGAAAACCAAAGCUUUAAUUGCUCAUAAUAAAAAUAAUAGUUAACCUGCAUUAUUAAAUAGUGCUAGGAAUCAAGAGUUAUCUAGUUUUAGAUAGAGAUAAUAGAUGGUUUAAUCUAUUCAUUAAAUACUAAGAUAAACUAAUACAAAAAAGAGUUCAUUCAUCAGGAAACCAUCUAUCGAAUGA